UAUUUUUUUUUUUCGAAUAAACAAAAUUCAAAUCAAAUAAACGGCGCGCAAAAUUUAAAAAUUUCUUAGUUUCUUUUAUUUUACUAUUUUAUUAAUUUUAUGUUUUAAAAAUGCCACGUAGACAUACUGGUCCUCGUCCUAAAUCAAAAAAACCACCACCCAAACAAUUUUCCUUCCUUGGUGACAGCUCUGCUGGUGAACCAUCAGAGGCAGAAAGUUUCCAAUCGCCAGAAUUGGAACCUAAUCAUACAGAUUAUGGAUUCGAUUACACAAGCGGUAGUCCGAGCACUUCCAGACGAAGCAAUGUAAAUCAACGUAAGUCAUCAGAAAACACCUCUCAGCCGCGUCCCUCAUCUUCACAAAGGAAAUCAAUUCCUCGAAAUACUUCAAGUCCAAUGGUACCCGUUCUGCAGGCAUCUAGAAGAUCCGAAACAAGCCCAAACAGAAGAAGUUUUAUUCCCCAAGCUGCUCGCUCUGAGCCUGCUCGAUUGCCACCUAAGAAAAAUAAACGAAAGCAAAACACUCCUUUACAACGUGAGAAGGCAUUAUGGCAUCAAAUUAAAGCACUUCAAAGUCGAACAGACAAUCUUACGCCGAAGGCUCCUUUUUCAAGACUUAUCCGUGAGUUGUUGUUUAAAUAUGCUAGCGAUGCAUGUAGAAUAACUGUGCAGGCUUUGGAAGCUUUACAAAUAUCAAGCGAAAUCUAUCUUACGCAGUUAUUUGCUGAUGCCUACGUUUGUACUUUGCAUCGAGGAAGAGUCACACUUGGCGUGCAUGAUCUGCGAUUAGUACGCUUCCUGCGAGGACCAUAUGAAGGACAUAAUUUGUAAAUUAAGUCGAUUUUAUAGAACAUUGUAAUAGUAUUAAGUAUUAUUGUUUUAAGAUUUUCCCACUCUCAUUUAAUUAAUAUUUGUUAAUUUUCUGUUGUAUUUGCUAGUUUUAAAAAUAAUAAAUUUUGUAAUGCA